AUGAGGGGGCUUUUGAUCUUCUGUAUACUUUUUCAGUCAGUUAUCGGAGCGGGAAUAGCUGUGCAUCUUACAAUUGCUGCGAGGAUCAAUAGGUAUCUUCCCCUCGAGAUCCAAUCCAGGUAUUCCUAUUAUCUCGCUGGGGCAUUUUAUCCCGAUGCAUUUUAUGGAUGUUUGGGAAAUUCGGAUCUUGCCGAAACUGCCCAUUGGCCAAAGUUUCUUCAUAGUUCUGUCAGACAUUACUGGAAGAAUCCAGAUGGUAACUUGAAGGCAUUUUUGUAUGGUGUAUUCACCCAUCAGGUGGCAGAUGUCUCGUGGCAUUCCUUGAAAAGUAAGCAAGGACUUUUAGAUAUGAUAGGUUCAGUUGAGUUUGAUGGAGAUAUCAAAGAUGGGCAUACUUUUUUAGAUACGGCUGGGGAUUUCAUCAAUCUGGCUAAACAGUUGAUGAACGUUGAUAAGACUACUGCUGAUAAUAUCGAAGCCUUCUUCAGAAUACCUUGGAAGUAUCCUGCAGAGGAUAUCAUAGAGAUAUAUAGUGAUCUGGGAAAACAUAAGCCAUUGGCCAAGUCCGAGAUUGAAUUUUGCAUGCUGAGGGGUUAUGCGGCUUUACAAGGCGAGGUCACUGGUUCUAGAGCUUCAGUAACUUCAAGAACUUUGGGCUAUUACAUAGAGAAGUCACCUCUAACUUACGAUUUACUAGAGGAAUAUUUCUAUGGUGGAUUGGAUGAAAUUAUGGGCACUAUACGUAUCUGCAUCAAGGAGUUAGACAAUUGGUUUGAAGGCGAUUUACCUGAUGAUCCAUGGACACUCUGCUCUGUAUUCCAAAAGAAAUCUAUUCAAAACCAUGAAUCUAAUGUCAUCAAAUUCCAAUCCUUGCAGGUCAGUUCUUCUAAUAAUGGUUUGUUUGUAAGAAGUAAUGUUCCAAAUUCGCUCUUUGGUCAUUCUUUGAAAGUGGGUAAGUAUUUAGAUGACAAACUAACUCUUGCUAUCGGUUCUCCUCUGGAAGAUGUUGCUGGCGCAGAGUAUUUGAUUCCAUUAGAUGACCUUUUUACUGAUGGAGUACAACAUAUUUCAUCCAUGACUGCAUUAUCCAUUCACUAUAACUACACAAAUAUGCAGUUUCCUCCAAGAUUUGGUUACGCUAGCUCAUCCUGGAAACUCCCUUCGGGUCUGGAUUUAUUGUGCAUUGCUGAACCUGGAACGUCCACCAUUCAUUUGUAUUUUCAAGGUCAAAUGAUAGCUAUUAUAUCCGAUUUGAAAGCUAAAACGGAACUCGGUGUGGACGGAGUGAAACAACUCCCUCUAGGACUAACCGCCGUUGAUGGUGAUAUGCUUAUCUACUCGUUCUAUAGCGACGGAGUUGCAAGACAGUCUGGAAUUGUCUUUAUUUUGAGUGGCAGUAAAUUAGAAAAUAAAUUAAGUUGGCCUCUCAGAUCGACCAUUCGAAUUGAUAUGUCUGAGCUCAAUAAAAGAGAAUAUCAUCUCCCCAAAUCUCUUCUCCUUCCACAUGACUAUGAGCAAAUGGGAACGUCUGCAGCUGUAACAAAGAACGCAGUGCUCGUGGGAAUCAAUUGUAUUGGGUCAGUGCUAAUCUUUGACAGGCUAACAGGCUUUUAUUUGGGCCGUCUAGGCGGAAGUAAACUGCCAUCCAAAGAUACCGGAUCGUUUGGCUUCAACUUUAUUUUAACAGGAAAAUUCCAUGGGAUGGAAUGGGUGUUGGUUUCUUCAUCUUCUGAAACCCAGGGCAGUUGCAUCAAUUGUGGUGCAGCUUACUUGUAUGUUUUCCGGGGAUUUGGGUUACAUAAGAUAGUGAAGAUAAUUCCGGGUACGGAUAAGUUUCAAUCCUAUUCGCGAUUCGGAACCUCAGCAGUAAUACUAGACACUGAGAGGGCCACCGUCCUCAUUUCUGGUGAGGGGUAUGAUGGAGGUAAAGGCGCUGUUUGGGAAGUGUCCAUAGGUCAACUACUAAAUUCUCUUUCUGAACCUAAGGAUAUAGUGAUUGCAGAUAGUAUCGUAGUUGUGGGACCCGGAGGCGUCGGAUAUACAGGAUUCGGUAAGUCCAUCGACCUAUUUAAUUACGAGGAUUCCACUUACUUGGCUGUGGGGAUGCCAAGGUUUGGUUAUAAUGUGCUUGAAGAAUCGGCACAGUACUGUGGAUGCGUGGGCAUCUAUAAAAUGAACAACUAG